CAGAAAUAUUCGUUGGGUCAGGCAGAGUAUUGUUGAUCGGAUCAAAUAAAAAACGGCAAUCAAUAGCUGCUUUUCAAAAUACACGCCCACCGAAUGGACAGUCUAACUUCCAACUGGUGUGAGUGUGUGUGAUACAAGCUCUGCUCUAUCACACUGCGGGGCACUGAUUAUCUCGCGUCCCCGAAUCUUCGCCGAGGCUUCUCUCCAGUACAUCCGCAGCCAGCACACCCCAGCGAUCGGAGUUGGGGUUUGUUUUGAAGCUUCUCGCAGUUCGACUUUGUGCUUGCAGCCGCACUGUCUCCGCGUAUCCAUGUCGCCCCACGAGCAUGGGACAGUGCAUCACGUCCUAUUGCCUCCCAUCGAUGGCUCUUCUCCAAUGUCAUUUCAAGAAAUCCUGGGAAUCAUGGGAUGAAGUGUGCCCGCAAAGCUGCAAUGCCCGGAAUCAUCAUCGCAGGAGCUGGCGUCGGCGGGCUUAUGACCGCCUUCGCGCUGAAGUCUAAGCUGGGCUACGACGAUUUCGUGAUCUACGAGAAAGCGACCGACGUGGGAGGGACCUGGCGUGACAACAUCUAUCCCGGCGCCGCGUCUGAUAUCAACGUCCACUUCUACUCGCACUCCGCAGAUCUCAAUCCUGAAUGGGACACGACAGUCGCGGGACAAGCCGACAUGCACGUGUAUUGGCAGAAGCUCACCGCCAAGUAUGGCAUCUACCCGAACAUCUCCUUCGGGCGUGAAGUCGUCUCGGCCGAGUGGGAGGCUGACACGGAGCAAUACACCGUCAUCUCGCGAGAUGUGGCGACUGGGGAGACGUCCGAGGCCACCGCCAAGGUGUUCAUCUCUGCCAUCGGGGUGUUGAAUGUGCCCAGAUACCCGAACAUUCCGGGCCUGUCGUCGUUCAAGGGCCUCCAGUUCCACUCCGCCAGAUGGGAUGCAGGUGCAGACCUUGCGGGCAAGAGAGUGGCGGUGAUUGGGAACGGUGCUUCUUCUGUUCAGUUCAUGCCCUUCAUUUCGAAGGAUCAGAGCGUGCAAGUGACCCAAUUCUGCCGAACCCCCCAUUACAUUUUCCCCUCGAUCAAGAGUGAAUACUCUGCGGCGUGGAAAUGGUGCUUGCGGAACAUCCCCGGUCUCAUCAGAGCCUAUCGCCACUUCCUCUACUUCGAUGCCGAAGUGCGCUACGCGCUGGUGUUUGCCAGCUCGUUCCUUCGCAAAUACGUGACGAGGCCUAUUCCUGUGGGAUACAUGAAGUCCUCCAUCCCUGCGAAAUACUUGGACAAGAUGAUUCCGGAGUAUUCCCUGGGAUGCAAACGCUUGCUGUUUGAUGUUGCUUACAUGGACACCCUGCAUCGCCCCAACGUCGAGCUCAACUGGGAUGGCGUCCAGACCAUCACUGAGGAUGGGAUCAUCACCAAGACCGGCGAGGUCAUGCCUUUCGACGUGAUCAUCUACGCAACUGGCUUCCAGGCGGAUAAAUACCCUUUGAACAUUGUGAACGACAAGGGUGUCACCAUCCAGGACUACUUCAACGCCAACGGCGGUCCACAGGCCUACCUCGGAAUGGGCUCGCCCGGGUUCCCGAACAUGUUCUACAUCGGCGGCCCGAACACUUACACCGGCCACACAUCGGUCAUCCACACCGAGGAGCUCCAGAUCACGUACCUGCUCAAGAUGCUGCCGUACAUUCUCUCCGGGGAGGUGUCUUCCUUCGAGCCCAGCCUCAAGGCGACCGAGGACUACAACGAUGUGGUUCAGAGCCGCAUGAACCGGUCGUCGUAUGUGUCGUGUGACUCGUGGUACCGCGCUGGAGGAGACGGCAAGGUGACUGCGACGUUCCCGGGCCCGAUGCUGCUGUACUGGUGGUGGGUGCGCCACAUCAAGUGGUCCGACUGGGUCGCCAAGGCGAACAACCAGCGCAAGUGGGACCGCAGCGUCAGGUGGGGCACCAUCGGUCGUGCCCUGAACCCUUUCAGCUAUGCCAUGGCUGCCGGGGGCAAGGUCCUCGCGUGGUUGAGUGUAUAGAAUGUAUCCUGUUGUUCAGACUGUUUUGUACAUUAGGACAAGGUUUUGCGCAUUUGAAUGUCAUCUCAUUAGCAUUUCGCCAAAGGCGUUCGUGUCAGUGUCACACGAGGGAGGAGGAUUUUGGAACAGAUUCCUGGAAUGCUGCAGACGUAGCAGAAUGAGU